CAUAGAGGAGUUUCCCCUCCUGAGAGCAGAAGGACAAGAUGCAGAUUAACCUCAACCGCCCUCAACACAGGACACCUCCACUUUUGCAGUGAUGCCCCCUCCAAGCCGCCUCUGGGACAUUCAACUGUGAGUGAACAAGGACAACUCAUCAUGAGCGCCGACACUGUCUGCAGGGCAGAGCCGGACUCUGAGCACCACGGGGAGCUGGCCGACUUGUUGGCAGCCAUGAACGUGGCCGCCAACCGCAUGACCCCGCCUAAUGGCUCCAGGCCGGGUGCUCCGAGGACCACCAGCUCUCACAGAGCUCGACUCUCCGACAGGAAGCUGUCUCUGCAGGAGCGAGGGAGCCGAAUGGCCCGACAGCCCACCAUUGAGACCAAACGUGUGUCCAUCACAGAUGCUGAUGACUGUGUCCAGCUCAACCAGUAUAAGCUGAAGGAAGAGAUUGGAAAGGGUUCGUAUGGAGUGGUGAAGUUAGCUUAUAAUGAAGAUUCUGAACAGUACUAUGCAAUGAAAGUUGUUUCAAAGAAGAAGCUGAUGAGGCAGUGUGGAUUUUUUCGCCGCCUGACUCCUCAAGGAUCAAACUCGCAGCAGCUGGAUCCGUUCCCUAAAGCCGUGUUGCCUCUGGAGAAAGUCUACAAGGAGAUUGCCAUCCUGAAGAAACUGGACCAUCAUAAUGUUGUUAAACUGGUGGAGGUGCUUGAUGAUCCCGAUGACGAUGGACUUCAUAUGGCCUUCGAAUUGGUGACAAAAGGCCCGGUGAUGGAGGUGCCUACAGACGACCCUUUCACAGAGGAGCAGGCUUGCUUUUACUUCAGAGACAUCGUCCUGGGAAUAGAGUACUUGCACUACCACAAGAUCGUCCACAGAGACAUUAAACCCUCCAACCUGCUGCUGGGGGACGACGGCCACGUCAAGAUCGCCGACUUUGGUGUGAGCAACGAGUUCGAGGGGACGGACGCCCUCCUGUCGAGCACGGCGGGGACACCGGCCUUCAUGGCCCCCGAGAUGAUGGCCGAGCACGAGCAGAGCUUCAGCGGAAAGGCAUUAGACGUGUGGGCGAUGGGAGUCACACUUUACUGUUUUGUGUUUGGGAAGUGCCCUUUUUAUGAUGAAUACAUUGUCUCUCUGCACAACAAAAUCAAGAACAAACCAGUGGACUUUCCAGAGACGCCACUGAUUAGUAAUGAACUGAAGGAGCUCAUUGGAUGGAUGUUGGAUAAAAACCCUGAAACAAGAAUCACCAUCCCUGAAAUUAAGCUACAUCCGUGGGUGACAGAGAACGGCUCGAAUCCUCUCCCUUUGGAGGAGGAGCACUGCACGGCGGUGGAGGUCACUGAGGAGGAGGUGCAGAACAGCAUCAAACUUAUCCCCAGCCUUUCCGCUGUGAUUCUGGUGAAGUCCAUGCUGAGGAAGCGGUCUUUCAGUAAUCCCUUUGAGUAUCAGGGCAGACGGGCAGAGAGGUCCAUGUCUGCCCCUGGAGGUCUUCUUACUGGUUCUUGGGGCUUAUUGGGGUCUUCGCCUCAGCUUCAUCCUUCCUUGAGGAAAGUCAGCAACGAGGGGAGCAGAGAAGGAGAGUUGGAGGACUUGUAUGAAGACGACACAUUCACAGAGUGUACAGAUUAAAUUCACAUAUGCAUUGACACGGAUUAAAAUUCCCACCUAACUUUUGCUUUUGCGUCAUGCUUGCUGUGAUUACAUGGUUGUAGUUUUUUUCUCACUUCAGUGCAAAAAAACAGUCAUGUGAUAUAAUGCAUUAAAUACAUAAAAUGAUAGCAAGUAAGAUUAGAUUUUGUUCCAUCUGUCUCUGAAUUACAGAUGACACUGUUGACAGCAUAUGUUGUUCAUGGAUGUAAUAUGAUUUAUUUACUUUGGAUUGUUCUUAAAAAUGUAA